UGGGACUUGCUACGGGCUCCAGCCGCGGCGCGGUGGUCCCUGUCAUCGCCCGAGUUGCGAGGAGUCUCGGCUGGAGAGGGCCGCGGCGCCCGGCGGGAACUGCAGCCGCACUCUGAGAUGGCUACAGCUACUGCUGCAUUUUACAGACCAAGAAACUGAGGGUCAACGCCAUUCAACCAGAAGGUACCAGAGCUGGGUUCACUCUGGCUUCUGCUCUUGACCAGAGGCAAUGACUCACGAUGCAGCCAGGGGCCACGACGUGCACGGAGGACCGCAUCCAGCAUGCCCUGGAGCGCUGCUUGCAUGGACUCAGCCUGGGCCGCCGCUCCUCGUCCUGGUCAGCCGGGCUCUGUCUGAACUGUUGGAGCCUACAGGAGCUAGUGAGCAGGGACCCGGGCCACUUCCUCAUCCUCCUGGAGCAGAUCCUGCAGAAAACCCGGGAGGUCCAAGAAAAGGGCACCUAUGACCUCCUCACCCCGCUGGCUCUGCUCUUCUAUUCCACUGUCCUUUGUACACCACAUUUCCCACCAGACUCAGAUCUCCUUCUGAAGGCAGCCAGAACCUACCACCGGUUCCUGACCUGGCCUGUUCCUUACUGUAGCAUCUGCCAGGAACUGCUCACCUUCAUCGAUGCGGAACUCAAGGCCCCAGGAAUCUCCUACCAGCGACUGGUGAGAGCUGAGCAGGGUCUGCCCCUCAGGAGUCACCGAAGUUCCACAGUCACGGUGCUGCUGCUGAACCCAGUGGAGGUGGAGGCCGAAUUCCUUGCCGUGGCCGACAAGCUGAGUGCACCCGAGCACUCACCCCAUAGUGCCUACACUACUUUGCUCCUGCAUGCCUUCCAGGCCACCUUUGGGGCCCACUGUGACCUUCCAGGCCUGCAUAGCAAGCUGCAGUCGAAGACCCUGGCAGAGCUCGAGGACAUCUUCACAGAGACGGCAGAAGCGCAGGAGUUGGCAUCCAGCAUCAGGGAUGCAACGGAAGCCCGCCAGUGGCUCAAGACAAAGCUGCAGGCAGUAGGAGAAAAGGCCGGCUUCCCUGGGGUCUUAGACACUGCAAACCCUGGGAAGCUCCACACCAUCCCCAUCCCUGUCGCCAGGUGCUAUACCUACAGCUGGAACCAGGACAGCUUUGACGUCCUGCAGGAAAUCCUACUGAAGGAACAGGAGCUGCUACAGCCGGGGAUCCUGGGGGACGAUGAGGAGGAGGAAGAGGAAGAGGAAGAGGAAGAGGAGGAGGAGGAAGAGGACUUGGAAACCCAUGGGCAUUGUGCUGAGAGGGACUCACUGCUCUCCACCAUUUCUUUUGCAUCUCACGACUCCACCCUGUCCCUUGCCUCUUCCCAAGCCUCAGGGCCAGCGCUCUCCCGGCACCUGCUGACCUCCUUUGUCUCGGGCCUCUCAGAUGCCAUGGACAGUGGCUACAUGGAGGACAGUGAAGAGAGUUCCUCUGAGUGGCCCAAAAAGCCUGGCAGCGAGGGGCACCGGGGUCACCGCAGGCCCAGGCAGAAAUUCAACAGGAUCUAUAAACUCUUCAAGAGCACCAGCCAACUGGUGCUGCGGAGGGAUGCUCGGGGCCUGGAGAACAGCCCGGACACAGCCCUGCCCCUGCGGCGAGCAGGAAGCCUCUGCAGCCCCCUGGACAUUCCGGUGCAGCUCCACUCCCGGGCCCAGCGCUCACAGUCCCUGCCCCAGCCCCAGCUCAGCGCCCAGCUGCCUCGCUGGCUCCUGGCCCCCUCUUUGUGCCACCAGCGCCGCCGCCCCUUUUUGAGUGGGGAUGAGGACCCCAAGGCUUCCACACUACGGGUUGUUGUCUUCGGCUCUGAUCGGAUUUCAGGGAAGGUGGCUCGGGCAUACAGUAACCUCCGGAGGCUGGAGAACACUCACCCACUCCUCACUCGGUUCUUCAAGCUUCAGUUCUUCUACGUGCCUGUGAAGCGAAGCCAUAGUACUGGCACUAGUGCCUGCCCAGCCUCUCCAAACAAGGCAUCUCCACUCCCCACAGACUCCCUGCGACACCCUAGUCCCACAGAGCUGGGCACAGGCCCAUGGGAGGACAGCACCAAUGACAUCUCCCACUACCUCGGCAUGCUUGACCCCUGGUAUGAGCGCAACGUGCUGGGCCUCAUGAACCUGCCCCCUGAGGUCCUGUGCCAGCACUCCCUGAAGGCUGAAUCCAGGCCCCUGGAGGGCUCCCCUGCCCAGCUGCCCAUCCUGGCCGACAUGCUGCUCUACUACUGCCGCUUUGCCUCCCGCCCGGUGCUCCUGCAGGUCUAUCAGACAGAGUUGACCUUCGUCACUGGGGAAAAAACAACCGAGAUCUUCAUCCACUCCCUGGAGCUGGGUCACUCCGCUGCCACGCGAGCCAUCAAGGCUUCAGGUCCUGGCAGCAAGCGGCUGGGCAUCGAUGGCGACCGGGAGGCCGUCCCUAUAACACUACAGAUUAUUUACAGCAAGGGGGCCAUCAGCGGAAGGAGCCGCUGGAGCACCGUGGAGAAAGUCUGUACCUCUGUCAACCUCAACAAGGCCUGCCGGAAGCAGGAGGAGCUGGACUCCAGCAUGGAGGCCCUGACGCUAACCCUGACAGAAGUGGUGAAAAGGCAGAACCCCAAGUCCAAGAAGGGCUUUAACCAGAUUAGCACCUCACAAAUCAAAGUGAACAAGGUACAAAUCAUUGGCUUCAAUGGCUGCCCCUUUGCUGUGUGUCUGGACCAGGAUGAGAGGAAGAUUCUGCAGAGUGUGAUCAGGUGUGAAGUGUCACCUUGCUACAAACCAGAGAAGAGCAGCCCACCACCCCAAAGACCUCCCGACCCCCUGGCCCAGGCUGCACCUGACCUCUGCUCCCUGCUCUGCCUGCCCAUCAUGACUUUCAGCGGAGCUCUGCCCUAGCUGGCCCUGGCACCAGACUGACAGGAAGCCCUGGGCAGGUUCCUCCAGAUCCCUCUCUGGGACAGUCACUCUCUGUGGAGAACUGAGUGGCCCUGUGCUGGAUCACGGUCUCUCUGUAGGCCUGCAGCAGACCACAAGCAUGGUGGGAGAUCAUAUCUGGAGCCUCAGACAUCUGGGAACAGAGCAGACAUGAGGAGAGAGUGGCAUGAACACAUGCCUCUCAGAUUCCUCUUAGCAGAAGAAGAAAGAAGAGUUGGCCUUCACGGGGUGCUCUGGCCUGUAGUUAGGCCUCCUCUCUCAGCCCUUGGCUGGGCCCAGCCUUGCUUUGUCCAAGACGUGGCGUCUCUCUUUCUGAAAUUCAGUCCUCUCUACUCUGGGACACAGGUGGGAGAAAUCUGGAUGAAUCUUUUCUUUCCUGACCUUCAAUACCAUCUUUUCAGCUCCCAUAUCACAUAUCCCAUCCACCCACCCGCACUUGCUGUCUCAAGUUCCCUGGGACCUCUGACAAAGCAGCACUAACAUUUGUAACGUUUGACCUCUCUGUUAUCAGGACCGGGUACACGUUCUGUCUUGAACCUCUUCCUGGAUCUGAGAUUCUGGGAACACAGAGCAGGCUUACAUUCAGUAGCAGCUCAGUUGCUUUCUAGCUAAAUAACCAGAGGAAGUUAGUGAAAUUCUUUGAACCUGUAUUUCCUCGGCACUAAAAUGGGAGGGAAGUAAGACUUCCUUAUAGUGCUGAAACUAUAAACAAAGCCCCUUGCCCAGUGCCUCCCUCCUGGCAAAUGCUCAGCAAAGGUUGGCAUAUUGCCCCUCCUAAUGCUGAGUCCCUGUCCCCAGUCACAGGGAUAUGCGCUGCCUCGUGGAUGCUUGUCACCCACUCCUUCCCAACCCCACUGUGAGGCAGAACUCAGACUGAGAGCGUAAGGAGUGAUCAGCUCUACCUUCCAAAGAAGGAAGUGUGCUUGACAGGGCAAGAAGGGUCACCAGAUGUUCUGCCUUCCAUCUCUUCUCUGUCAGACUGGUCCCACUGCUCCCGCUCCCACUUCACCUGGUGCACACUGUGUGCACAAUUUCAACCCACACUAGUUCACUGGCACCGUCCUGGCACCUGGGCAAGACCUCACAUGGCUAGAGGGUGGAGGGACUGAAUCACGAGCUUGCUCAGCGGCACGUGCACAGGAAAUGAUCAGCACAUGACAGAACACAAGAGUCUAAUAUUUGAAGCUACCAGGUUGGCUUGGUUUGAGGAGUUGACACAAAGGUGGCUAGGGUGCCCGGGGAGGGCCGGACCAGCAUUUGGGCCGGCACAUGCGGGGAAAGUGAUCAUGGAAACAACCCUGGCUUCUGCGCUGGCCCCCUCCUUCCUGUCUUCUGAUUCAUUCUGUUCAAAAUGUCCCAGGCUUGGGCUGGGGAUUUAGCUCAGUGGCACAGCACCUGCCUGGCAAGCUCAAGGUUGUGAGUUCGAUUCCCGGUACUGGGGGGGGGGGGAAAAGUCCCAGGCUUAUCAGAGCCCAUAAAAUCCUAGCUCAUGAUUUCAGAGUGGACAGAUCCACUCUGUCACCAUCCCCCAUCCCAGCCUUCUGUAUUUUCAACCAUCCAGAAGAGUUGUCAGCUGUGUAACUUUAUCCCUUUCUAUUGUGCAGACAAGUUGAUCUACUACAUGAUCAAUAAAUGUACAGGAAUUGAUGUAUGAAAUUUAAUAUUAUUGUCAAAUAAAACUUAAUUUUUCUGGUA